AUGACGUUUGACUGGAUCAUAUCAAAAAAGCCUGCUGCUUACAAGGUUGCGCUUGUCGCCGGUCGUCACAUGUACGAUUCCAAACGAGGCACGUAUCGAGCACAAGGAUUUUUUGAGGCUGCCCACGCUCUCGGCAUUGCCAUUAUUGUCUUGGAUGAGGAGGGUCACUGGCUACAAGGCGAUACAUAUGCGCAUCUUCGCCAUGACUUUGUGCCAGUGAAGCUAUCCGAGACGGAAGGACUGUCAGAAAGGCUCGUGAAAGCAGUGGCAAGCAGGGAUAUUGACGGCCUUGUCACAUUUACCGACGAAUACGUUCUUGCCACAGCCGCUGCAGCAGAGAAGCUGGGUCUACCAACAGAGCCCUUAAACGCAAUACAACUGGCCAUCCACAAGCAUGAGAUGCGACAGGUUGUCAACAACACGGGUAUUCAGACGCUAUAUCUUAGCAACGCAAGCCAGAUCAAGCAACAUGCUAAGAGCGUAGCCGCUUUCCGCUACCCCCUAAUUUUGAAGCCCUCAUGCGGGCGAUCGUCAGCAGGCGUCGUCAAGGUCAAUAACGAGGUCGACAUGAGAGCCGCCCUCAACGCGCUAGACCGCAACAGCCUAGUUGAAGAUGGAAUCUUGAUUGAGCAGUUUAUCGAUGGACCAGAGCUGGACUGUAACUUUGUCCUUCGCGACGGCAAAGUGCUAUUUCUUGAAGUCACAGAUGACCUGCCAUGUGCUGGAGACGCAAAUGACGCUACGCCCAAUGAUGACUUUUUCGAAACCGUUAUGAUUUCCAACAGCGGCCUCCCCACUAAAGAGCUUCAAAUGGUUGAAACUUCGUUGCAAGACAGCUUGGCCAAGCUUGGGCUUUCUUGGGGCGUCUUUCAUGCGGAAGCUCGCGUGCAAAACUCAUCUAUGGAGUACCGAGAUACCGAGAGUAACGGCGUGCUAGAUCUUGCGGUUCGCAAAGCUGGCCCAUUGGAUUACGACACCCAGGCGUCAGAUGCCUUCCUCAUCGAAGUCAACGUCCGGCCACCCGGCGUAGGUGGUGCCUGGGCGGCCAUGUACUCGUAUGGCGUGGACUACAACGCCUUGCAGCUCCUGCGAGCCGUCGAAGAUCGUCAGCGAUAUGACGCCUUGUCCCAAGCUUUUGCCUUUCCUCGCACGUCUGGCGGGGGUGGUGGUGCGCAGUACUGGAUGGCACAGUGUAUGAUCCCUGUGCACCGUGAUAACAUUCGAGUUCCCGGAGACUUCUUUGCGAGACUAUACAAUGAGGUACCGGAUAUCCAGCAGUAUGUCAGCAAGGCCGAACUGCAUGCCAAGCCAGGAAGUAUCGUUUCGAAAAGCGGUGGUGUAGGACUGAUUGCCUAUCUCCUGUUGCAUUCUCGAACGAGUAGGAGACACGUUUUGAACAUGUAUCAUGAGGUGACUUCAGCAGCCAGGAGGGUGCUGGAUCUCAACCAGUGA